ACGUCAUGUAGAGCUGGGGAAUGUCUCAUUUUAAUCAGAAAUGUGCGCGCUACAAUUAUAUCUUAUUUAAAAAUGUUUUGGUAAUUUUUUAAAGUUUCUGAAAAACUGGUUUUCUAGAAAACUGGUCUUCAAGAAACAUUGGGAAAAUGCUUUAUGCCACUAGAAUCAGCUCGUCGAGCUCUACAAACUGGGAUAUCUCCCACUCGAAACGGUGAUUCACACUUGGGGACCUUCCCUCGUAAGCUAAUUUCGAAUAUCACCUUUUGAUUCGAAUUUGAUAAAGUUUUCGGGGAGAAAUCCUCAAAAAUACUGAGACGAUAUGAAAAUCUUCAAAAACCGCCUUCUUCUGAGAAAACAACCUGAACCUUUUUACCAUUCCAGUUUCUGUUCUCCCCAAUGUGAUUUUUGGAUUCCUCAUAUAAAAUUGAGUUUAGAAAUGUUGUCUAGAGCACCAUUGCAUGUUACAUGCCCAUUCUAAAAAAUCCAUGAGGCAGUGUCUCUGGCGAUAAUAGUACCUAAUUUUUGAAAACCUAUCUAGGUUUUUCUGGUAAGUCAUAGAACCAAACGGUGACAUUCGGAAUCAGCUCAGUUAGGGCUAUCCGACUAUGUAGCUUUCGACCGAAAAUUAAAAUAGUGCUGCAUUUUUGAAUUGCGGGCAUCUUAAAUAUAAAGCAGAAGAAAAGAUUAGAAUUUUUUGCUGAACUAUUGUUUAAUCUAAAGAUAACUAUGUAUUUGUUUAAAGACGUAUGACUAUUUGGUCCAAGGGGAAAAAGCUGAUUUGGAGCUCUUUUCGAUUUAGACCGAUUUUGAGCGUUUUAAAUGGACUUUGGCCGAUUCUGUCACUCAAAAUCGAUUACGUUAUUAGGUAUUUUAACUGUAACUUUUUUCUCUUUAAGAAUAUAGAGUUAUUUCUACCUUUUAAAGAUUUGCCGCUUCAUUCCCUACAAAAAAUAUAUGGAACAAUUUUUUAUGUACAUUAAAAAUAAACAAAUAUAGAUGAAAUACUGUGAAAUUUCGAUUUUCAUUACUUUCCAACUCAAAAAACAGCUUUUUAAUUUUCAAUUCUGUAUUUCACCCAACGAAAAACGAGAAGAUGACUAUCUUGUAGCUAUUAAGCCCUCCCUCCGUCAGAAAUGAUGAUUUUCGGUCAAAAAAAAAUCGGUUUUGAGAUACUCAUAUGAAAAGAUAGCCUGAAGUGUCGACUUUCAGAAUCUGCAUCAUUUUUGGUUAUAAAAGUAGUUUUUCACGGAUUUUGAGCAAGUUUUCUAGGAGCCUCGAAAAACCGGGUCUUCAAAUAAUAGUUUUUUCCUGGAUACUUAAGCAAUUGAAACUUUUCUGAACGCACAACCUGUAGAGCAAACGUUUCUGAUCAAAAUAAGACCUCGCACAACUCUGAAUGACCUUGCAUCAAAAAGUUACAGACAUUUUCCCGGAACGCCGAUUUUUGAACUAGAUCUUAGUUUUUUGUCCAAUUGAGGAUUUUUAGAAAACGCGAAAGGAUUUUUCGGGUUUUUGAGGUUGUUGGUUGCGUGGAAAACCAGUAAAAGCUUAAUUGGAAAAUCAGCGCCGGUCAGACGAUGUAGUUAGGUGUCUAGUUCAAAAUAAAACAAACCCAAACUUUCCAGCUUGAAGUACAUUAAAAAAUCUUGGGACACACUUCAGGAUCCUUUUUGGACUUUGAUCUAUGGAAAACUUCUAAACCGUAAGACUUGGAGACAAAAACAAUUUAUUUUCCGGUAACUCAUUGUGCCGAACAUUUAUGGAAAGGUUUGUCAAGAUCGGAUGUACGAUGUCGGAGAUAAUUUCUGAGGGGGGGGGGGCUUAGGGCACCGCUAAUUCAAAGAGAUAAGACUAUUUUAUUUUCGGUUAACUUAUACAUUAUUCGACAGAGAAUUUCAUGUCUUUCCUGUCAAAGUUUCAAGGGAGAAAAACUUAAAAUACCUCAAGGAGCUUAAAUUUCGAAAUACCGUUCCAUAAUAAAAAAAUAGUGCAAAAUCUUUUUCUGUUUUUAAGUCUCGCCAAUUGCUUUUUCGGAUUCUGCGUAUGAACGUGACUCUAGAAAUGUGAUUUAAAUCACAUUUCUAGAGCCACUUUCAUAUGCAGAAUCUGAAAAAGCAAUUGGUGAGACUUAAAAAUAGAAAAAGAUUUAUUAUGGAACGGUUUUUUUUGAAACUUAAGCUUCUUGAAGUAUUUUGAGUUUGGAAAGUAAUGAAGAUUGAAAUUUCACAGUAUUUCGCCUAUAUUUGUCUAUUUUUAGUAUAUUUAUUCAUAUUCUUGGUCUUAAUAGCUACAAAAUGGCCAUCUUCUCGUUUCGUGAAAUAUAGGAUUGAAACCUUUUUUUCUGCAGAAUCAGUGCGUUUUUACAAAUAAAUUAUCAUCGAUAUUUACCUAGAUAAAAUUUGGAGUAAUUAUAAUUAAAAAAAAUUAUAUUUUUCGAAAGACCUAUCAAGUUUUCUAAUUUUUCGAAAAGUUUUUGGUUUCUAAAAUACCAUUCGAUCAUCCCGGUUACCAAUCAGUAGUUUGAUUGGUCAGUCCGACCUGGUCUGAAUUUUUUUCAACAAGUUUCAACUAUAACGGUUACAUUUGUCAUCAGAAUUAUAAACUUAUCCAGAAAAAGUAUGUGUCCAAAAAAAAUGGGAAAAAAGCAGUAAGGAAUUUUCUCUUGUUUUUAACCGAUCUAACGGGUGGCGCAGAAAUAAUGGGGCACUUUUGUUUUCUAUCUUUGAGGCACUUAACAAUCAUUUUAAAAUCUAUUUCUGAGAUCAUUUGAUAGAGAAUUCAUUUUUCUACAGAACUGUUUAAUGCGUUUCUCAAAUUAGUCUUUCUUGUGGGCACAAAAUUUCAAAGAUUAGCACCUACUCGAUAGUUCAUCUGCGAAUUCUUAUUUUUUCCGGAUAUCAAUCGAUUUGAUAUCCGUCUAUGCUCAUCAAGACCAAUGCUCAAACCAAAGUAUUUAACAUCAAUAGAUAGAGAAUUUUGUGCUCUAUAGUUCCACAACCGUUUCAAGGUUCUUGGUGCUCUUGUUAACGAGAAAAAGGCUUCGAAUUAACACCUAGUGCAAUUUUUGGACGCAUUUCAGGAAAUAAUGUUUUUCCAAGCCAGACUUGGCAUGUGAAACGCUGAUUUUCAUACCAUCGUAUGCAGAAUGUAAUUCUAAACAAAAUGGUAUAAAUUGUGACUUCAAUAGUGAAAUCGUUUUGGCUGUUUCGAAUUAAAACAGAACAAUGUCAUAGGCCUGUCCGAAAAUAGUUUUUUUUGGUGUUUUCACAUUUUCCACUUCAAAAUUUUUCCUCUCAAAUAUUUAUUCUAAAAUUUUGAAAAUUACAUCGAAAGGUGCAGAAUUUGAUGUAGAAUUUCGUAGCACACUUGAAAUUUUAGCAGAAUCAUUUAAAAAUAUCUUCAUAAAUUUUUUCCUUUUUUUGGCCUUCGCAGAUGGACUUUUGAGUAGGUGUUAAUCUUUGAAUUUUUACGCCCGCAAGAAAGACUAAUUUGAAAAAUGCAUUAGGCAAUUUUAUAGAAAAAUGAAUUCUCUAUCGAAUGAUCUUAGAACCAGAUUUUACAACGAUUGUUAAGUGCCUCAAAGAUAGAAAACAAAAGUGCCCCGUUAUAGAUCUCUGAUGUUUCGCCAAAAGACAAUUCGCCAUGGCGAAACGUCGCAUGAUUUUUCGCCAUGACGAAUUGUCUUUUGGCGAAACGGUUUUUUACCAUCUUUGGUGUACUUUUUUACGGUAAAAUAGCUGAUAGUUAAUUUCCUCUAACAGGUUUUUCGUAACAGUCUUUUACAAGACUUUUGUAACGAAAUGUAUACUUGCUUUUCAAGUUGAAAUGAUUUGUGGUUGUACUCAUUCACGUUCACUGUUUCUAUCUGUCUUCUCUUUCAUUUACAAUAAGAAGUACCAUUCGUUACGAAAGUCCUGUAAUACAGCAUUAUCAUAUAUGUCUGGGAUAAAAAGUACAUAUAGAUUCCGUUGCGAAAGCUGUGUAAAAGAUUCUUACGAAUGCCCUGUCAGAGCAUCUACUAGAGAUUAAUUCCUUGCAUUAUCAUUACGAUAUUACCCUGCUAAUAGUGUUACGAAGGCCCUGUAAAAUCAGGUACGAAAGUCUUGUAAAAUAAGGGUUUUCGAAACGAAAGCUCUGUUAUUUUUUUAGGAGGAAAGCCCUGUAAAAAAAGAGGGGUCUGGAUGAAACGUCACCAGUCUUUGACGUUUCGCCGAAAGACAAUUCGCCUCCCUCGAAACCUUCCUUGAAAUAUAUAUUUUCAAACAAACUAACAAAUAGCUACCAACAUAGAAUCUUGAGAAAAAAAAAUAGAAAUGCAGCGUUUUUAUUCUAAUACAAAUAAACAUGACAACGAUGUCACAAUAAAAGACAUAGGGGAAUAAAAUAAAUAUUGAAAUAAUACUGCAUUUUAUCUAAUUCAACUUAGUGAAAGAACAUCUGUUCUUAAAAAUAAAGAUAAGUUUUCCACUUCUUUCCUCUUUGAAAAGUUUUCCCUAUAGUCAAACGACAUUUUCUUUACAUGUGAAUUAUCACAACUUAAAUGACGAUAUCUAAGUCGAGUUAGGGCUUAAAAAUGAGUAGACUGAAAAAAAAUUUACGGUGUUGUAAUCAUUUGUUGACGAAAUGUUCCAAUUGGCGAAACGUUAGAUGACAUUUCGCCAUGGCUAAUUGUCUUUUGGCGAAACGGUUUUUUACCCCCGUUAUUUCUGCUCCACCCGUUAUAAUUAAUCUAUCUCUUUAAAAGAAAUUACAAGUAACUUCAUCACUCUAUAACCACAGAGAAUGUUUCUUUCAUUAUUCUAGGUUUAUUUUGUGUUUAUUUUGAAUCAAAAUAUUUUUCUAUACGUCGAAAAUUUAUACUUGAUACUGAUUAUUAUCUAACAAUAAAACACAAUCGUUUACAACUCUAUCAAAACAACGAAAACAAUUCAUUUGUUGUAUUCGCUUACAACGAUGAUAUUAAUAAUUAUGUUAUCAGUGUUGAUCUAAGACGUUUUAAACGUGAUAUUUUAACACUUAAUCGUCAUCCAACUGUAAGAAAACAAAAUUAUCGUGAAAUAGAAAUAUUUGUAUUAGCUGAUGAUUACGAUUUGAAUUCAAGCUAUUAUCCAGUCAUUACAUUUGAUGAUGAAUAUUAUAAAGAAAAUUAUUUUAAUACUCAGAUUGAUUCAUAUGAAUACAUUGAAUAUACAUCUGAACAAGAUAAACGACAACAGGAAAAAACUGAAAAAGAAAUAAAUGAACAUAAUGAAAAACUAAACCAAUUAAAAUUUCGAUAUGAAAAUUUUAAUGAAAAUACGGAUGAUGUUGAACAAUUAAUCAAAGAUUUUAUGGAAAUAUCUGAUAUUGAAUAUAUUGAAAAAAUUUGGAUAAGAUAUGGAAACAUUUUAUCAUCAGAAAUAUUUGAAUAUUUAAUUGAUUUAACAAUUAAAACGUUAAAUGGUUCAAGAAUACGUCCAAUUAUUAAUGAAAACUGGUUUUAUGAUCUUAUUUUGAAAUUGAUUGAUGAUCAUCGAUGGAAAACGUUGAAACCAAUAAUUCAUUUAUUAAUAAAAAUAAAUAAAAUAUCAAAAGAUAAAAGUUGGCCGAAUUAUAUUAUUCAUUUUGGAAGAGUUUUACAACGUUUAUUCACAGAAAAAACUGAACAAAUAAAAUUAGGGAAUAAUGAGAACGAACUAAAUGUUGAUGAUUUAUUGUAUGAAAUACAAUUAUCAAUUAUUUUGGGAAAUAAUUUUAAUAGUGAUGAAAUAAAUUUAAAUUUAAUAAAAGAAAUGGAUUUAUUUGAUAGAAUUAUCCAGUUUAAUUGUAAAAAUGAACAAUUAUCAUUAAAACAAUUAUGUCAUUUAAUUCCAGCAUGUAUCAUGUGUUCUGAUUUGGAUGUAUGUAAUCGAUUUGUUGAAUAUUUAAAUGAAAAAACGACGAUAACGAAUAAUACUCAAAUAAAUGAAUAUAUUUUAACAUUUUUAUCAAUAUUAAUCCGAUCAACUGUAUAUGAAAUGGAUGAAUUAAAUCGUCGAUUGAGAACAAAACGUGAAACAUUGGAACGCGCUGGAGAGACACUGUUUGAUUUAAGAGCACAAUUACCAAUUAGACGCUUACCAAAAACAUUACAAAAAGAACAGGUAAACAAUUUACGUGAGAUUUCAGAAAAAUAG